UGAACUGUCCACUUUAAAAGCUGGAAUUUUAUGGUAUGUGAAUUAUAUCUCAAUUUUUAAAAUAAGGAAAAAAUGACGCCGAUGGAGAGGAGUUAGAGGAACUGAAACAAUGAAAGGGAUCGCGAGUAUCGCCCGUCCCCGUCCGUCGCCUCCCUCUGAACGAACUUUAGGCCCAGGAACCGGGCACCGAGAGGGCCUGGGGGAAGCAACGCUGGGGACUGGAUCUAGGAAGAAACACGGCCCGGGAUUCGAAGGGAACGCGGUUAGGGUGGCGGGCUGGGAUCGCCUAGGUCAGGGGAGGCGUCUGCAGGCUCAGAAGUUGGCCGGACGGGAGCGGAGAUUUAAAUGCUGGAGCGCAGAGGCUCUUAAAGAGGCCCGGGCGAAUUCCCAUUCGGCGUCCACUUUAAAGCCAGCUCCACCGCGCAGAGGGUCGGACCUGGGUCUGACCUACCAGCAACAUGGCGACAAGUGCCGUCCCCAGCGACAACCUCCCCACGUACAAGCUGGUGGUGGUGGGAGACGGGGGUGUGGGCAAGAGCGCCCUCACCAUCCAGUUUUUCCAGAAGAUCUUUGUGCCUGACUAUGACCCCACCAUCGAAGACUCCUACCUGAAGCAUACAGAGAUUGACAACCAGUGGGCCAUCUUGGACGUUCUGGACACAGCCGGACAGGAGGAGUUCAGCGCCAUGCGGGAGCAGUACAUGCGCACGGGGGACGGCUUCCUCAUCGUCUUCUCGGUCACGGACAAGGCCAGCUUCGAGCACGUGGACCGCUUCCACCAGCUCAUCCUGCGCGUCAAGGACAGGGAGUCAUUUCCGAUGAUCCUUGUGGCCAACAAGGUCGAUUUGAUGCAUUUGAGGAAAAUCACCAGGGAGCAAGGAAAAGAAAUGGCCACCAAACACAAUAUUCCGUACAUAGAAACCAGUGCCAAGGACCCACCUCUCAACGUCGACAGAGCCUUCCAUGACCUGGUUAGAGUAAUUAGGCAACAGAUUCCGGAAAGGAGCCAGAAGAAGAAGAAGAAAACCAAAUGGCGGGGAGACCGGGCCACUGGCACCCACAAACCGCAGUGCGUGAUACUGUGACGGCCCGAGGCCCUGGGCACAGUGACCGGGAACUGGCCAGCCCUUGGGACCCCUCCACUGCCUAACCGCAUCGAAGACCAUUCUAACCAUGACCCUUGGCCCAAGGACUUGACACAGGAAGGGAGAGAGGGAGGGUGGGCAGGGAGGAGAUAGAGUCUGGCUUUGCUGGAAGGGCACGGGCUGCCCUGUGUCUCAGCAGCAACGAAGAGGCAACAGUAAGCAAAGCAGCAUCCAAGUCCCUGUGUUGAUGCAACCCGGUCCCGCCCCGCUCUUGGUGGCUGUGUUGUUUCUUUGAACUACAUAGUGUGGGUUUGAUGUGGAAGUGUUUCUCCACGUACAAAAACAAGCCAUGAUCACGCUUCCCCCACCCCAACCCCGGUCCACAGUGUCUGAGCUUGGGUGUCUUUUGUAGAUUUUUAAAUUAUUUUAGGGAUUAUUAUUUUAUUAAAGGGGUCUGUGCCCACUGCCUGGUGAAGUUUCAAGUCUUCAGCAGACCUCUUCUAUAACAUGUCUGGAAUAUGGUUGUUUUUUAACUGAAUUUUCCCAGCCGUGCCAAAACUCAACUCAACGUGCAAGCAGAGUGACCGAGAGACCAGAAGUUCACGGGGACCGUGGCUGGAGGCCCCAGGAGAAACAGACCCUACUCAUGGCCUACUGUAAACUGGAGAGAAGAGAGAUGUGUGUACCCAGAAGGUUUUACUGUGGUUGAGGAUGCAGAUAUUAGGGAACAAAAUUUUGUUUUGCUGAGGGGAGAGACGGGCACGUCAGUUUUAAAAGGGCUUCUCAUUACCCUGGAAAUAUAUAAAUUUUAAGUAAGUUUACUGGAGUCGCAAAAGUGUUCGUGUAUUUUUCAGGUGGUGUGGGUUAAGUUCUGUGUUCUUCGCAGCCGUGGGAUAGGGCUUUCUCCCAUCACCUGUGCUGUCUGGUGCAUCUGUUACAAACACACUGAACAGGCGUGUACGGUCUCUGCGUCGAAGUCAGCUAAUAUGGACACCAUCUGGAAAACUCUGGUUCGUGCUAAAUCUUAACCAAAAAUGAUCCAGUACUGUUCUUACUAAAACAGCACCAAGACCUGAAGCCAUUUUCCCUUUGAGUCAACUGACUCACUUCUUAAGCCCAAUAAAUGAGCAAAACCCCUUGAAA